AUGUAUGAACGGUUGACGGAUGGGCCACCUGAACCUGUUCUCGAUCGAUGGGAUGCCAAACCAGACUUGGAACGAUUUCUGACAUGCUUUUACCGGUACUUCGAGGUGAAGGGGUUGCGCGGCGUUGUUGCUAUUCAUUUGUCGCAUGUGGUGGCACUUGCUUUCACGAUUGGAUUCUCGUUUGUCCUGUUAUUUCUCAUUGACUGGGAAGCUCUUUUGGCUUGUGAUUCUGAGGAGUCAUGUCGUUCCAUAUCCAUUUAUUAUGCGAAACCGUUUCGCGACCUGGGAUUUCGACGAGCAGGGGUCUUGGUGUGCACGGUCCUCUUCGUCUUCUAUGGGGCAAUGAAUGUCGCGACAGUGUACCAAGACAUUCGCGAUGCACAAUCCGUCAGUACCUAUUAUAAGGACCGGCUGGGCAUUGCAGCGGAUGAAAGUUUAGAAACUAUGACAUGGUCUGAAGUGGUGUCCCGUCUCGUCCAGCAGCAGAAGGAGUCUCGCUUCUGCAUUGUUCAAGAUGAGCUCACAGCCUUGGAAAUUGCCAACAUCAUUAUGCGCGAGGACAACUUCAUGAUUGGCUUGACGAGCCACAAGGCGUUCACCGAAGGUUUGCCCUGCUGGAUCCCCCGACGCCUUGUCUUUACCAAAGCGGUGUUUUGGAAUCUUCGCCUUGUGAUUUUCCGCUGGCAGGGAGUGCUCGAUGACCGCGGACGAAUCAGACGGGAUUUCUUGAAUAGGCCAGAGGCACUGGCACGUAAUCUGCGUCUGUUGGGCUUGGCCAACCUGGUGCUUGUUCCCCCGGUGUUGAUCUUCGUUGCGCUCUACUUCUUCAUGAGACAUGCAGAAGAAUUCCGUUCCCAGAGGGCAUCGCCGUUUCAAAGGCAGUGGACAGACUACGCCCAAUGGACAUUCAGGGAGUACAAUGAGCUGCCCCACGAGUUCAAUGCCAGAAUGUGUGCCGCCCAAGCCGCAGCUGAGGCGUAUGUCCAUUGCACAACGCCUUCCUCACCUGUUCUCAAGUCUGUGCAGCGUUGUGUCAAGUUCAUUGCAGGUUCGGUGUUGGCUGCCUUACUGCUGGUGGCUUUGUGGGAUGACACCCCGUUGCUCUUCGUGAAGGUCCAGGAGAAGAAUCUGCUCUGGUAUCUGGCUUUCUUUGGUUUUGCCUUUGCAGUGGCUGAUGGCGCCGGUGAUGAAGAUGCAGGCUCGGGAGGUUCUGGAGCCUCACACGCACCAAGCAUGCCGUUGAGGAUGCAUAUUGCAUUGAUGCGGCUGGUGUCCUGUACCCAUUACUUGCCAGAGCACUGGCGCUCUCCUGCACGGCUAACAUCACUCGCAGGAGCUUGUAGUGGAUUACAGCGUGCAGAGCUCUGUGACCACUUCCGUCGAGUCCGACGGGAGCUUCUUCGAGAUUUUUCGCUUCAACGCAUUCAAGCCCUUGCAGAGGAAUUGUUGGGCGUCUUGCUUAGUCCAAUUCUGUUGAUGUUCUUUCUUCCGGAUGUCGCCCGGAAUAUAAUUGGUGCUUUGGGAUCGCUCCAGCACUCUUCACCGAAUUUGGGUGACUGGUGCCUGUACGGCUGCUUGGACUCAGCCAUCGUUGCCGAGAACAGCGGCGGCGCAGCGUCGUCGGCCGAAGGAUGUCAGUCAGUACAGCUGCUGAAUCGUUACGGGGACACCAAUGAGAAGCUUGAAAAAUCAGUGCUUUCCUUCUGCCUGAACCAUCAGCUCGUUUGGCCGAGUUCUACAGAUCGCAUUAACAGCGAAACGUUUCAGGCGCCGUCGCAUCCACCACGUGCUCAUCAAGCUCGAAAUCUUGGCCGCCAAAUGAUGCCCACAUCGACGGCCUCUCGAGCUGCUAGGCCGCUUUGGCCCGGUCACGGGCAUCAAGAUAUCCAACUCGAAGAGCUCAACAGUCUGAGUACGUCGCAAACCUCACCUCCAGACCUUCAAGGGGAUGAUGAGAAUGGUGCGCUUUCUCCGCAGUCGCAGGCCGUCGCCGAUACAGAGCCUCUGAUUGAUCUGGAUAGCCAUCAAGAUUCCGCGAACGACGUUCCUGCCCAGCGCGGCACGACUUCGCCUGUUGCACGUAAGGAGCAGGUCCUUACGCACAUUAUUGGAGUUCCUCCGAGCGCGAUCAACUUGUUGAAUGACAUUCAGGAUUUUCACGAGAAGGAGACUUCAGAAGAUCCUCUAAGUGGUGAGAAGGUCGCCCUGCUACCUCCAGACUUGGUCAAGCUUCCUCCCCUGGCACCUGGUCCGACAGCCCUUGCGGCUACAGCUGUGGGCCGAAUAGGUGACGAGCCAGAAUGGUCAAACACUUGUGGUCCGUGGUUUUACUGGUUGGAGGCUUUGCGUGCAUUCAAGGCCAGGCGCUUUGACGAGUCGAGUUCUGGUUGUGGGAUGUUCAAUCGCCAGCCUCAUGGAGUGCAAAGUCACUCUCGCACAGAACGCCUAGCCGCCCUGGCCUGA